CGUGCCGCCGCUGUCGCCGCCGCUGAAAGGAAGAUACCGGGCGCGGUCCCGGAUCCUACCGAGGAACCGCCGCCAUGAACAGCGUGGGAGGCGCCGAUGAGAUCGGGAAACUCUUUGUGGGUGGCUUGGACUGGAGCACAACACAAGAAACUCUUCGUAGCUACUUCUCCCAGUAUGGAGAAGUUGUAGACUGUGUAAUCAUGAAAGACAAAACCACAAACCAGUCUCGAGGAUUUGGAUUUGUCAAAUUUAAAGAUCCCAACUGUGUGGGAACUGUGCUGGCCAGCAGACCUCAUACGUUAGAUGGCCGAAAUAUUGAUCCAAAGCCAUGUACACCUAGGGGGAUGCAACCAGAAAGGACACGACCGAAGGAAGGAUGGCAAAAAGGAUCCAGGAGCGAUAACAAUAAAUCAAAUAAAAUUUUUGUUGGUGGGAUUCCUCACAACUGUGGCGAGACAGAGCUCAGGGAAUACUUCAAGAAGUUCGGAGUGGUCACUGAAGUCGUAAUGAUCUAUGACGCAGAGAAACAGAGGCCCCGAGGUUUUGGAUUUAUUACUUUCGAGGACGAACAAUCAGUGGACCAGGCUGUCAACAUGCAUUUUCACGACAUCAUGGGCAAAAAAGUGGAGGUGAAACGAGCAGAACCCCGGGAUAGCAAAAGCCAAACUCCAGGGCCGCCCAGUGCCAGCCAGUGGGGAAGCAGGAUCAUGCCAAGUGCUGCCAAUGGCUGGGCAGGCCAGCCUCCUCCGACCUGGCAGCAAGGAUACGGCCCUCAAGGGAUGUGGGUGCCAGCUGGACAGGCAAUUGGUGGAUAUGGACCACCUCCCCCAGGAAGAGGAGCUCCUCCACCACCACCACCAUUUACCUCAUACAUAGUCUCUACACCUCCUGGAGGGUUCCCACCUCCACAGGGAUUUCCACAGGGCUAUGGCACCCCUCCACCAUUUAGUUUUGGUUAUGGUGCUCCACCUCCUCCACCUGACCAGUUUGCCCCCCCUGGAGUACCUCCUCCACCUGCUACUCCAGGGGCAACACCACUAGCUUUCCCACCACCACCACCACCAUCUCAGGCAACUCAGGACAUGAGCAAACCCCCAACUGCUCAGCCAGAAUUCCCUUACAGUCAGUUUGGGUAUGGACAAGACUUGAGUGGUUUUGGACAAGGUUUCUCUGAUCCCAGCCAGCAACCCCCUCCUUAUGGAGGGCCCUCGGUGCAGCCAUCCAGCGGCCCCCCGGCCGGCGGAAGUGGGUUUGGACGAGGACAGAACCAUAACGUGCAAGGAUUUCACCCCUACAGGCGCUAGCCUGGGGCUGGCAAUCAGGGAAUUCUGUCCACAGGGAUGUCUGGCACCAGCCCAACCCAGGAAUCCCAGACUUCUGAACUUGUGACAAUCACAUACUUGAUGGAAGAAAAAAAAAAAAUACAAAAAC